CAGCCCCUUCCCUUUGUCAUCUCUGUCCAUUGUCACCCCGGAUUUAAGAAAUGUAAUCCAGGACAUUUCACGCUUAACCAUACAGCCAGGGCUGGUUUGGGUGGGAAUGCUGUGUGAGGUGGUAAUUCUGGGACUGACCCAACCAGCUGUGUUAAGCAGGGCUUGGUGUAAACUCAGGGAUCCCUUCACCCCAUAGUUUUGGACCAUGGUUUGCCCAAAUUCUACAUAAAUUGAAAUUUAGAAGGAACCGUCGGGCAGCACUGUAGCAGAGGGACUCUCCAGUGCUGUGUAUUAUCGUGUCUGGAUUAUUAGCCGUUCUGUUUAGGCUGCAGACUUCAGAAGGACUCUCAUAUGGUACAGCUCAGCACCUGCCCACCACACUCUCCUGCAGGUCUGGUGUGGGAAGAUCUCCCAAGCGUGCUGAAGAGCACAGUGUGUACUACGCUGCUCAGAUUCCCUUUAAUUCAGCUCAGAAACAACCGCCAAGUCUGUUUUGUUCAAAAACCCAGCUAGGGGAGCAAAAGGCAGAGUCAGCCCUGCCUGGCUGUAACUCACCCUCUUCCAUGUUCUCUGUAGAAACUCCAGGCUCCUAAUUUCAGGCUUCUCUUGGCACUUGAGCGUAGGGUUUUGUGGCAUGUAUCUUGGGGAUGCGUUGUGUCCCUGCCAUCUGUUGUAGGUGCCAUUCUUGUUGUCUUUGCGUAACGCUUGCCAGCCUGAAGGCUAACGGAAAGCGAAGGGGUAAUGUCUUAAGCAAAACGGGAAGAUCCUGGGGGCUCCCAAAAUCAGGACGAGGGAUACCGAUACAAAAGGGAGGAUACGGAACUCUAUCUUGCGUGAAACCUCUGGUCCUGGGCUACAGAUCAAGCUGCCAACAGGGAGGUUCUCCAUGAUCGUUGUCUACAGAAGAGUUGGUGCAAUCCUUAAGGUUUUCUUCUUUCAAGAAAACAACAGUGAUUCCCUUGUCGCCCCCCCCAAUUUUCCCCCAUAGCCAUGCUACAGGAUGGAGCUCUCUGCUGGUUGCCUGAUGGCACAGCACGUUCUAGAACACCUGGAAAGGUUCUAACUGCAAUUGGAAGGGUUCUAGAGCCGGUGUCCCAGACACCCAGGAUGGAGACGGGGCUGUUGGGAGCCGUCCUUCUCCUCUGCAUGGCAGAUGUUCUCCACUCUUUUGCGAUUGAGGAGAAAGAAGAUAUAUUCAAGCGCAUGGUGUGUCCUGCUUUCCUGAUGUUUGACAAUGCUGCCUACUUGGCCGACAUGACCUUCGAGCUCCCCUGCAACUGCAAGCCCGAGGAGGUCUCCAACGUCGUCUGGUAUUUCCAGAAGAACAUGGGAGGCCAUGAAACCACCGUCCUGACAGAUUUUUCUGGCAACAUGGUGAUUGACUCGGGCCACAUCCACGUGGGCAGCAAUGUACUGAAGCGUUUCACCAUCCGGAUGUUCAGCCUCAUUGUUUUCCGUGCCCAGGUGUCGGACUCGGGCCACUACCUGUGCGGCACAAAGAAAGGGGAUUUCUUUUACGGCUACGACGUGGACGUGCAGCCCACCAAGCACAUCACGGUGGCAUUCUUGGACAUAGGACAGCACGUCCAGGAUGAUUACACAGCGAAGGCCUUCAGCGUCUUCACCACCUUCUGGGACUGGACCAAAUGCGACCGCUGCGGGGUGCGAGGCGAGCAGCGGCGGAUUGGGCUCUGCUACAUGCAGAGCGCUCGGCUGCACCCGCGCUACCGCACCGUGCUGGCCAACGUCACCUCCUGCGGCUCCAGGGCCGUUCCAGCACAGCUCCAGCGCUCUGGCCGCCGCUGGAAGCCCGAGGUGGCGGUCCGGAGCUGCAUGGUCCCGUGUGCGCAGGAGGACAACCCACAGGAAGGCGUGCAGGCCAUCUCCAACGUCAUCCACAAGCUGGGCCAGAAGCCCUGGCUGCCCCGCGUCCCCACGCAGUUCCACAAGCAUCCCCUCGGGAGAGAUCUGGUCAUCGCCUGCCCCGAGGCCCGACCCGAGCACGCUGUGGCGUGGGACAAGGACUCUGUGCGGCUCUACCGCUCCCGCUACCUCGUGGGUGUCAACAAGACCAUGCGCGUCUUCAUCGACCACGGAAACCACCUGCACAUCCGGCGGCUCCGCUUCAGCGACAGAGGCACCUACUUCUGCUGGAGGGAAGGCAAGCUGGUGGCCGGGCUGAGGCUCAGGGUGGACUACCAGGCCCAGCGCCGCCGCUCGCUCGAUGACCCCGAGACGAUCUACACCAUCAAGGCCAUCAGCGUGAGCUACGUCCUCGUUGGGGUCAUCUUCAUCACCGUCCACGUGUGCCGCUGCUGCUGGCGGGUGCUGGGGUGCCCUGCGAGGACGUAGCGUCAGCCCUUACACCUUGCACCGUUCUCUUCUGGGAGAUUUAUGAAGUUUUGGCCGCUAGAAACGCUGCCAGUGCCCUCUUAUCCUCCUCUUGGGGUUGUGCAGUGGAAAGUCCCAUUGCAGUGUAGUGGGGAUUUCCCACCAUCAAGUCCCGUCCUGGCCACACUGAAAGCUCAUGGGGAGGUUUUAAGCUCACUGUAAUCCUUUUUGAAUGAAUAGCUGGAGUCGUCGCAGCAUUUUCUGGCUAAGCACUACGGAGUUCUUAUGCCACGUCAGUGAUUUAUUAGGGCUGAUUUUCUAAGAGGCCCCUGUAAUCCUCCAGACUGUUCUAUUAAUUCUUUUCUAAUUUUCUUACCUUUUAAAAAGUGCCAAUCACAUCCCCAGCGCCAACUGUGUUCCCCAAGGCCAACCGCAUCCCAAAGCUACCCAGCAAGGCAGUGCCACCAAGGCCGAGCUCAGUGACAAGGACCCUCCUAUUCCCGGUGCCAGCUGUGUCCCCAAGAGCACCAACAUUUCAAAACACUCAGUGUUCGUGUGAGAUCCUCAGCUGGAGCAAUCUCAUCUUUAAGAAGUUGAGUUUAAACAUUCAUAUUUUUCUUCUGCACCAGAGGGUGGCGGGCCAGAGCUCAAGGAGCAUUGGGACACUGCUCUCAGACAUGAGGUUUGGGUAUGGGUUUGGGUGGUGCUGUGGAUAGCUGGGAGUUGGGCUCUGAUCCAUGUGCCUUCCAGCUGGGGAUAUUCUGUGAUUCUGCCAUGACAGAAUGUGUCAGCCAUGCCCUGGG